AUGACGACAGAGACAUGCAGUCUCCUGUCCGUCGGACAAUCCGAAUAUGGAGCAGCACCAUCGAUGAUUUCAGCUCUGGAAGCUGUUGAUCCAGUGACUCUGACAUGGCAUAAUAUCUCAAUUCAAGCUCAAAAAUCUGGAAAACAAAUUCUGGAGAAUGUUUCAGGAAUCGCCAAACCGGGACAGUUGCUUGCGUUAAUGGGAGCGAGUGGUGCUGGAAAAACAACAUUGCUCAAUAUGCUUCUUUCUCGUAAUCUGAAGGGUCUUAGCACAAGCGGAAGCGUAAAAGUGAACGGUCACGAGCUGGGACGAGGAAUCACUGCCAUAUCGGGAUAUGCUCAACAGGACGAACUUUUUGUUGGAACGCUCACUGUCAAAGAGUAUUUGAAUAUACAGGCCAAACUUCGUGUCAAUGGAGACGCCGAUAAAAGGAGACGUCGCGUUGGAAACGUGAUGGCUCAACUGGGACUUUAUAAAUGUCAAAACACAAGAAUCGGAGCAAUUGGAGGACAAAAAGGAAUUUCUGGUGGUGAAAUGCGUCGUUUGACCUUUGCUUGCGAGCUUCUUUCAAAUCCUUCAGUUCUUUUCUGCGAUGAGCCGACAACUGGACUUGAUUCGUUUAUGGCUGAAAGUGUUGUUCAAGUCCUUUCUAAUCUGGCGAAAUCGGGGAGAACUGUCAUUUGCACAAUUCAUCAGCCGUCAUCUCAACUUUACUUGAUGUUCGAUAGAGUCAUGUUUAUGGCUGGAGGAAAAACUGCUUUCUUGGGAUCACCCAGAGAUGCUAUCCAGUUCUUCGAAGACGCUGGUUUCGCGUGCCCACGAAAUUUCAAUCCAGCUGAUUUGAUCAUUCACACUCUUGCAGUUAUGCCGAAUGAAGAAGAUAAAUGUCGACAGAGAAUCGAAGUGAUUUGUACAAAAUUCCAAAAUAGUUCAUACGGUCGCACAUUGAAAAUUGGAGUUGAGAAAACCGAAGAAGGACAAAGACCAUCGGAACGUAAGAAGACUGGAAUAGCGACACAGAUCGGAGCACUUCUUGAAAGAUCAGCAAUUGACACGUGGAGGAAUCCAUCAUUAACAAGAGCAAAAGUGAUUCAAAAAAGUAUUAUGGGAUUAUUUAUUGGAUUGCUGUAUCUUCAAAGUCCACUGACAUCAAUUGGAAUCUCAAAUCUAAAUGGAGCGUUGUUCUAUCUGGUUUGUGAACUGACCUACUCAACUAUCUUCGGAAUUCUGAACUUCCUUCCAACUGAUUUUCCACUCGUUUCCCGUGAAUAUCACGAUGGCCUUUAUUCAGUUUUCUCGUAUUAUGUGGCUCGUUGUCUCUCAUAUCUUCCUCUUUUCACUGCUGAUGGACUCAUCAUGCUUCUCGUUUCGUAUUGGCUCGUUGGUUUCUCAAACUCACUUACGCAGGUCCUCUUCGCAUGCCUUAUUGCAUUCCUCAUUGAGCAAUCUUCAUCAGCAUGUGGAAUAAUGUUGUCAUGCAUUUCACCAUCUCUUCCGAUUGCAAUGUCUACUGCCGGUCCAAUGCUAACUCUUCUCUCAUUAACUGGUGGUCUCUACGCCAAUGUCGGUGCACUGCCUUCGUAUAUCUCAUGGAUUCAAUAUCUGUCAUGGUUCAGAUAUGGAUUCGAGGCUUUCGCAAUCAACCAAUGGAGUAGUGUCAAUGAACCAAAUACGACUAUUUGGACAGAUGCGAAACGAGAUUCGGUGUUGUCACAGCUAUCAUUCCGAGCGGAAAUGUUUUAUCCCGAUCUAGUAAUUAUGUCUGCCUUCAUAAUUGUUUUCUACACAAUUGGAUAUGCUGGAUUGGCUUAUCGGGUCAGCAAAGCACGUUAA